AUGCACCGGCAGUCGCUGGGCUCGCCGUCGUCGAAGCUCGCGAAAGCCGCCGAGCAGCUGAGCUGCGAAGCUCAGAAACAAUUUCCCUCUCAAUCGCCAUCAUCAUCUGCAGAAGCUCGAGACGAAGAUGCGAAGAAGAUGAUAAAAAUUAGGGCUCCCAAUUUUGACAAUAAGCCCCAACCUUACAUUCAUCUGAUCCCAAUGCUCACGCUCGUCUGCUUUCUCGUUCUCUACCUCGCAUCUCACGAUCCUUCUCAAAAUGAUUUGGCUGAGUUCGAUUUUCCUGGGACUCUCUCCGAUUCCACAGAAUUGCGAGUGGUGAAGGAGGUGGAGAAAGGGGAUACGGUGGCGAUACGGAGGUUGAAGAACUUGGAGACGGAGGCCGGCACGGCCAGGCACCGGCUGCGCCACCGCAAAAUCGCCCAUUUUUAG